AUGGACUCUAAUAUCCUUGUUGUGGGCCAGAUGGCGCAUGGGUCCUCUAGUUCUAGUAAUGAUGCGGUUUGGAAGAAGAUCUGGUUGCUUGAUAUCCCUAACAAGAAGAGGCAUUUUCUCUGGCAUAUUUGUCAAAAUUGUUUACCUAUACCAGACAAUCUUCAGAAAAGAAGGAUUCCGAUAGAUGUCAAAUGCGUGGACGAGUGGGUAAAGAAGAUUCUUCAAUCCUUACCACCUAAAGACUACAAAGAUUUUGCUGCUCUCAGUUAUGAAAUCUGGGGCAACAGAAAUGAUGCAUUCUUCAAUGGUAAGGCUCGGCAUCCCUUAACUUUGGUGAGCUAUGCUCUUAAUAGUCAAGUAACAUUCCGAGAGGCUAAUCUCCAAGCUACAACUAUCCAGUCACCAAGGCACUCCUCAGUUUGGUCUUUGCCUCUAGCUUCCCACUUCAAAGUCAACUUCGAUGCCUCUAUUUCAACAAUACACCAAAUCGUUGGCAUUGGUGUGGUGGUCCGCAGCUGUGAUGGUCAGUUCAUUGCUGGCUUAUCCAAGAAGUUACGUAUCCUAAGUAGUGCAGAGUUGGCAGAGGCUCUUGCUGCAAGGGAGGUGGCUUUGCUGGCUAAGAUAUUGAUGAUCCCAAGCUUCAUUCUUGAGGGGGACGCAUUCUCAGUUAUAAAGCAUAUUAGUAGCUCGGAUGAGAUCCUUUCUGACUUGGGCAGUGUAUUAGAGGUUAUCCGUAUCACUUUGUCUGCCCAACACCUUGCCGAUAUAGUCUGGACUCCUAGAGAUGCAAAUAAGGUUGUGCAUUGUUUAGUAAAUUUUGCUAAAACAUCCAGCCUUCUUGAAUCUCUCCGACUUUUGUCAAACAAUUAG